AUGCCGUUAAGUGAAAACGACAAGCAAGAACGAGCAGAAGCACGCGCUAGACAAAGGCGUGCGCACAAGAAAUCGAGAAACGGCUGCUCGCAAUGCAAGCGAAGACACAUAAAGUGCGAUGAAAGCCAGCCGGCAUGCUCAAGCUGUGUUGUUGCUGGCCUGGACUGCCCUUUUCUAUCGGAUCCCAAUAUACGCGGCACUGGCCAAUCGCCUGUGACGACAACCUCGCGGCCGAGUCCUACUACCACGCCUCGAUCGAGGUCGUCUACAGGCGCACUUCCUAGCUCUACUUCUAACGAACCCGGUUGCUGCGAUGGAGAAGUCAAUAUGGUUCAUCUGCAAUUAUUCAGCCACUUCAUGAGCGAAACUAGCCGUACAUUCAUCAAGUCGGAUAUUUCGCUUGACAUCUACCUCAAAAAUCUGCGAGAAUGUGUAUUUGGUCAGAAAUACCUCAUGCAUGAAGUCCUGUCACUAGCCGCACUUCACAUGAGUCUGCAGAUGAACAACAACCAAAGUCCAGAUCAAGUCAUGUAUUAUCAACAUCUUGCGACAUCAUUGCAAUCUAAGGCACUUGCCGGAUUCAAUGAAGCUGUGCAAGAGAUCAACGAAAGGAAUUGCUUGACGCUGCUGAUUUUCUCGCACAUGCUCGGAGUGCAUUCCUUCUGCGAAGUCUUCAUCUCACAAGACGAAUCGUUCAGCAACUUCCUGACUCGCUUAUUACAAGCAAUCCACCUUCUUCGUGGUAUCAAUUCCGUCAUUCAACCUUGGUGGCACGUCUUAUCUACAACCGACAUGAUUCAUCUGAUGCGAGAAGGUGAAGCGCACCGCAUCGCGAGAGAAUCUUUGGAGACUACAGUGCCGCAUCUACACGACUUGAUGGCGACUGCCGACAUCAGCGAGACAAGCCUCCGUAUAUACCAAGAAGCGCUUCGUCGAUUGGAUCUCGCUCUUCAUGGGUCCUCGGAGCCGCGCGACGAUAUCAACAUUGUAUUUGCAUGGCUAGUCACGUCACCGAAGGAAUACACUGAUCUGCUGGCUGAACGGCGACCGGAAGCUCUCGUGUUACUGGCUUACUAUGCAGUCGUCUUGCACAGAAGACGCAACUCGUGGCUCAUAGGUACAGCUGGACGGAGGAUGUAUGGAUGGAUCCGUGACUAUCUAGGAGAUCGGUGGGCGCAUUGGUUGCCUCCCGUGCAAAUGUUUGACAUGACUGAGGCUCAAACACCAGCGUAA